AGAGAAGGCCUAGGCAAGCUGGUGAAUUGCGGCCGACGAAGAGUCCCGCGAGGGACCGGCAUAUGCCGGCGGACACCCCCGGAGACCUUUCCAGCGUCGGUCGCUCCGCCACCUAAGUUACGACAGCGACAACUUCUGCAGCCAGCAAUGUCUGUCUUCGCCCGGAGGCUGCGCCUGCCCCGCCCAUGCAGCUCCGUGCGCACAUACGCGACACGCAUCCCUGAGCGGCCGCCAUACCGCGCGCCGGACCCGCUCGUCAACAAUCCGAAUGCGGCGUACACAAAACUCGAGGACGACCUGACCUUCAUCCACCGCCCGCCGCCGUCCGCCCCGUCGCCCCUGUCCUACACGACGAGCCCCGCCUCGCCUCUCCUGCGCGCCCCGGCACCAGCAGGCGCGGCGCUGCCCCCGCUGGUCCAGGCGGAGGCGGAGGCGCCGCCGCGGAUGAGCGAGGCGGACAUCGCGAAAAUGCGUGCGCUGCGCGCGGAGAACCCGGAGCACUACUCGCGCUCGCGGCUCGCGGCGAUGUUCAAGUGCGCCCCGAACUUCGUCGCGAUCAUGGCGCCGACGAAGAUGCGCGACCGGAAGAAGCUCCUGGAGCGGCGGGAUAUGGUGCAUGACGAGGCGCGGAGCAAGUGGGGGGUCAAGCGCGCGUACAUUGAGGAGGCGAGGAAAAAGAGGAGGGAGUUCUGGUAGGCGGGUGUUGACCUGCGUGGUUGAGUGGAUGGGCUCCUUGGCUGUCCUGAGAGGUCGGCCGUGCGGUUUACUUCCAGCCUAUGACUUGCGCUUGCUAGUACGGUUGUAUGCUGGGCUUGGGCUGCCCUCUGGCGAUUUUAUUAGGCACACGUAUAAUGCACGUCUUCGUUUUCUUCAGGGAACUCCUCGUGUGCGAGUCUAGCCUGCGCAACUCCCGCAGAGUGCAUAUGCCUCAACAGGUCUUGCUCCGCUGUUCCGGGUUCGAGUACAUACCCCGGUUAUGCCUA